UUCCCUAUCAAGGUCGCCAUUUUGGAGGAAAGUUGGGAUUUUCGGAAACACUGGAAGAAAGUAGAGGGGGCAGGAUCAAAGAAGUUUUGUUUGGGAACGUAUACGGAUCGAGGAAGCGGCAUAAGACGGGAUUCUGGUGCAUGCAGGGGACCCAGCUAGAGUGCACGGUGUUGAUUGCGUGCAACUUGGCAUGGUACUCAGAGACCGGUUUAUUAUUUGUGCCUGUGCGACUUCUGCGUGAAUAGUUUGGGGAUAUUUUUGCCCAUAUUGUCUCUCUCGUUGUAGACGCUGGCUGUAACAGAUCUAUCCCAUUCAUUCAAAUCGGAGUGCUUAAAGUCAAAAGAAGUUUGUUUAGGGCUAGGUUACUGAGUUGUGACAGGACACAGCCCUGUUUAAUAUCAUUGGUUGCAAAGUUGCAGGGAUUUAAAAAAAAUGUUUACCUUCUACCCUCUUCUUGGAUCUUGAUCAGUUUGCCCCAUUCAGAGAGCAUUGUGCCAGUUGCCGCGUAUACAAGGAAUUACUCUGGUGAACGGAGGACGAAAACUAAGGAUAACACUUUCAAAUGGUUAAAACAACUCCUUACCAUCUUAGUAAGUGUAUGACCUGACCUCCUGGAUUAAUCAUGCCAGUAAGGAAGAAAGACACUCAGAGAGCGCUGCAACUCCUAGAGGAAUACAGGGCUAAACUGAGCCAGACGGAUGAUCGUCACCUCCGACACUCCAUUGAGAGAGUUAUCAGUGUGUUUCAGAGCACUCUCUUUCAAGCACUAAUAGAUAUCCAGGAAUUUUAUGAAGUGACAUUACAGGACAAACAGGCCGAGGGUAUAGAACCUACAAGACCAUCAGAGUCUUCUCCUGGUGCUAACCAAUCAGAUGUUCCCAGCAUUCCCAGCCCCACUGCUAUAACAGAUACUGGGGCCAGUAGCCUUUCUUCUACUAGUGAGAAAUACAGAUAUCAGGAUGAGGACACCAUGUCGCCUCCAGAGAUCACCUCCCCCCGCCUUCCGGCGAAUGUGCCCCCGCCCGAGCUGGUGCAGGUGGCGGAGAAGAACAUCUCCCAGAUCGAGAAUGUGCACGGCUUCGUCUCCCACUCACACAUCUCCCCCAUGAAGGUAGAGUCUCUGGAGUGCAUUUUUGAUGGUACGUCUUCGGUAGGAGGAGAGGAGCUCCUGGCCCCUGCCUUGUCCACGCUGUACUCACGCGGCGACUCUCUCCUACAGCAGGCAGAUGCUGUUCCUCCCCCUGCUCCCAUAAUCCCUGUGAUCCCCAUCUCGCCAGUCCCAGCUGAGACCACUGUCAUCCCUGCACCCACGUCACAGGCAAGCCCUGCUCCAGUGUUGGUGAACACGGACAGCCUGGAAAGCCCUCCCUAUGUGAAUGGAACAGAAGCUGAUUAUGAAUAUGAAGAAAUUAUACUAGAACGAGGAAACUCAGGCCUGGGUUUCAGCAUUGCGGGUGGUACGGAUAACCCGCACAUUGGUGAAGACCCAAGCAUCUUCAUCACCAAGAUCAUACCAGGCGGGGCAGCUGCUCAAGAUGGCAGGCUCAGAGUGAAUGACUGCAUCCUGCGUGUGAACGACGUGAAUGUGAGAGACGUCACUCACAGUAAGGCUGUGGAGGCGCUGAAAGAAGCCGGCUGCAUCGUCAGACUGUACAUUAGACGGAAAAAGACCAGCGGUGAGAAGGUCGUCGACAUAAAGCUUGUCAAAGGUCCAAAAGGGCUGGGUUUCAGUAUAGCUGGAGGGGUAGGCAACCAGCACAUUCCUGGAGACAACAGCAUCUACGUCACCAAAGUCAUUGAAGGAGGUGCUGCCCACAAAGACGGAAGGGUCCAGAUUGGGGAUAAGCUUAUCGCUGUGAACUCCGCUUGCCUUGAAGAGGUAACUCACGAAGACGCAGUGGCUGCCUUGAAGAACACGACUGAUGUAGUCUACCUGAAAGUGGCGAAGCCCACCAGUGUGUUCAUGAGUGACAGCUAUGCUCCCCCUGAUGUCACCAACUCCUAUUCCCAGCACAUGGAGAAUCAUAUCAGCAGCCCGAAUUAUCUGAGCCAGUCUGUGACCCCUACCACGCCAUGCCGCUAUGCUACAAUCUCCAAAGGCAUGCUGGGAGACGAGGAGAUCACGAGGGAACCUCGGAGGGUGGUUCUGCAGCGUGGGUCCACAGGCCUGGGCUUCAACAUCGUGGGCGGUGAGGAUGGAGAGGGCAUCUUCAUCUCCUUCAUCCUAGCUGGAGGCCCUGCCGACCUGUGCGGGGAGCUGAGGAAGGGCGACCGCAUCGUCUCUGUGAACGGCGUGGACCUACGCAGCGCCACACAUGAGCAAGCAGCAGCGGCACUGAAGAACGCAGGCCAAACAGUCACCAUCGUGGCUCAGUACAAACCAGAGGAUUACAGUCGCUUUGAAGCCAAAAUCCAUGAUCUCCGGGAGCAGAUGAUGAGCGGCAGUCUCAGUUCGGGCUCCGGCUCGCUGCGUACGAGCCAGAAGAGGACUCUCUAUGUCAGAGCCCUGUUUGACUACGACAGAACGAAGGACUCUGGCCUGCCCAGCCAAGGUCUGAACUUUAGCUUCGGCGACAUCCUGCACGUCCUCAACGCUUCUGACGACGAGUGGUGGCAGGCCCGGCAGGUGACCACAGACGGCAGGGUGGAGGAGGUCGGCGUCAUUCCCAGCAAGAGGAGGGUGGAGCGAAAAGAGCGGGCCAGAUUAAAGACAGUGAAAUUCAACUCCAAAUCCAGAGACAAAGGGUCGCUCAGUGACGAGCGUAAAAAGCACCUCUUUUCACGAAAAUUCCCUUUCUACAAGAACAAGGAUCAGAGCGAGCAGGAAACAAGCGAUGUGGACCAGCAUGUAACCUCUAAUGCCAGUGAUAGUGAAAGUAGCUACCGUGGCCAGGAAGAGUACAUUCUCUCCUAUGAGUCUGUCACUCAGCAGGAAGUGAGUUAUACCCGCCCUGUGAUCAUUCUUGGGCCGAUGAAGGACAGGAUCAAUGAUGACCUGAUAUCAGAGUUUCCGGAUAAGUUCGGGUCGUGCGUCCCCCACACAACUAGACCAAAGCGAGACUAUGAGGUAGACGGCAGAGAUUACCAUUUUGUCAUCUCUCGGGAUCAAAUGGAGAAAGACAUCCAGGACCACAAGUUCAUAGAGGCGGGCCAGUACAACAACCAUCUCUAUGGGACAAGUGUGCAGUCAGUUCGAGAGGUUGCAGAAAAGGGCAAGCAUUGUAUCCUGGAUGUGUCUGGCAACGCCAUCAAACGGCUCCAGCUGGCACAACUCUAUCCUAUUGCCGUAUUUGUCAAACCAAAAUCCAUGGAAAAUAUUUUAGAGAUGAAUAAGCGACUGUCAGAGGAGCAGGCCAAGAAGACCUUUGAUAGAGCCAUGAAGCUGGAACAGGAGUUUACAGAGCACUUCACCUCCAUUGUACAAGGGGACACCUUGGAAGAGAUCUACAACCAGGUUAAACUAAUUAUUGAAGAACAGUCUGGACCAUACAUCUGGGUGCCAGCCAAAGAGAAAUUGUGAGAUGGUGGAAGUUAAACUUUUUUUUUCUUGCUUUUAUUCUGGUUUUUUUUUUCCUUUCUUCUUUGAUUUUGGAUUUUAUUCGACCAACCAGGCCUGCCAUGUGAGUUGGCGUUCUGACCCCAGUAUAGGACAUACGCUGGCAUUAUAAGACAUGUUUGUGGGAGUGGCCAAAGACCGCCACUCUCAGCUAGUGUGGUCCCGUGAAGACUCUCGUGUGGAGCUCUGCAUUUCCGACUUCCAGGGAGAAGGGCUAUGCCUAACCAGCACCUCAUUGGAGAGAUUAUAUAGUACAGAUUCCUUAAUGUUUAAGGGAGGUGUCUUUUUGGAAGGAACAUAAGGAUUUUAUUGCAUAUACAUCUGGGUUUCUUUUUUCUUUCUAUUUUUUCAUAUUAACAAGCAUUCAUGUGUAUGUUUACUUGGAGAAAACUUGGAGCACCACUUUGCACGUUUUAGCAUUAAAAGCAUGUAUUGGACAGUUCUUUUCUGGUUAACAUAUGUUGUACUUGAGUUUUUCUUAGACAUGUAUUUGCGCUGCAUUAACCAUAGCCACAAAAUUGCUUUUCUCACAUAUAUUACCCAAAAUCUUAUAAGUAGGUCAACCCACUUAACUUAUGCAACUACCCAACUAUUUCACAACUGCACAAAAAGAGGGUUGGUUUGACAGAUGUUCUAGCACAAACCAUUAUCUUGUCCCAAGGAUGUUUUAAUCUGAUCAAGGUGCUUAUGUGAGUAAGUUCAAAACAAGGUACGAAGUGGAAUGGAAAUUGUUUUGUUUCUAUACAAAAGCCAGGAAACAGUGUAUUUUAGGACAAGAAACUGCAAAUAUGAAAGAAUGAACUGUACACUAAGAUUUUAACAUAUAUUUAAUCCUCGGUAUACUGCCUAUUUUCUUAUAAUAAAACUAUAUUGAGCUUUACGUAAAACUAUACAACUAUGGAAAUAAUUUUCUUUAUAUUGUUAAACGUAUAUUAAAAUCUAUAAAUACAAAUGAAAAUAUAUUUUCCUUUACUUUCACCGCAACCUCCCAACUUGGUUUCUUUUUUCUUUUUUGCAUAAUGUCACUAUAUGAAUUUCGUGGCCCUUAGUGAAAACAUGCCAGAGCUCAGUGACGGGGCUGUCAUCUGUCCUCACAGUCAGCUAUUUCUCUUUUGCUCGCUGCCACGUGAAUUCAGUCUUUUCAUGUGGCAUGCAUGGUUUUAAAAGCAAUAGUAUUUAUAAUAUGUACUUUAAAAUGAGUAAAAGGGAACUAAAGGAUGACUUUGUGUUUCAGCUGGAGUUGUGAAAGUGUGAGUGAUGAUACGGAAAGUCAGCGUCAGGCGCAAGUAGACCGUGUCCAUUGCAGUGGUUGGAUGUGGUAGUUGUGCAAAUAGCUGAAAAGAGGGUUGCUAUGGCACUCUCGAACACGAGCCUUUAAUUGUCCACUGGAGGGCGCUACUGAACCCACCUCUUAUUCUCAUUCUCGGAGAUGAUUGUUUUCUAAAAGACUGCCUCUCUACCGUUUGAUCGAUGCUUUCUAACUCGUUUUUGACUGGACUUUGUAAAUAACUUGCCAACCUGAUUCAUUCCACUUGUCAAAAGAGGAGAACUGCUAAUAAAAACAAGUCACACGCUG